UUUAUUACCUCAAAAACAAAAUUUAAAUGAAUAUCAUAAACAAAAUCCAAAUAUCGUGAGUGACAUCUAGUAUGAUUUCAAGAACUAAUUUAAUUUUUUUAAAUAGUUCCUCAUUUGGCCUUGACGCUAAAAAUAGACUAUAAAAAACUUAUUGAGAAUUAAAAAACUAAAUGUCAUUGUAUCACUUUAGUAUUGACAGUUUACUUUUUUAUUGUCGUCUGAUAUCGUAUAAAAAAAAGUUUUUGCAUCUUCUUCUCUCCUUGUUUUAGGUGCUCUUUGCUUUUAAUUUAUGUCUUCGCUUAAAAAGAAUGUUGGCGAGUCAAAGAGAAUAUAAAUACUACGUUUUCGAAAUAUUGUAAUGUAAUCAGAAAACAAACGUCAAUUGAAAUAGCAAAUUUUGGAUUCCAUCAGCAUAGCACGAAAGGGAAGGAAACUAUGCAGCCUGAAUAGUGAAGUAACUUCAAACAAAAAUGGGCUUGGACUUCGACGUUUUUGAAUUUUGCAAAAAAUUGCGACAAAACCGGCCUCCACCCUAUCAGUGUCCCCUAGAAAAAUGUGAUAAAGUGUAUAAAAGCUUAUGUGGUUUACAAUACCAUCUAGUUAAUUAUGACCAUGACAAUCCUACACCAGCUACACCGGCUGUCGCUAAUAAUCGUAAGAAGAAUGGAAGAUUACGGGCAGCCGUGCCUACCGCCGAUAUCGCUCUCCAGAGCCCACCUAAAGAGGCUCUGACAUUUGCUGAAGCUCAGAAAGUGGUCCAGUUUGAGAUUGAUGGAAAGAUUAGCAGGAUCCCUAUUGAUCAACCCUUGACAGUUAUGUCUUUGGAUGAAUGGGAAAAGAGAAACUCUGAACUUGAAAAGCCUUUACCUUUUGUAGAACCUCCUUCAGAGCCUUAUGUGAAGUUACCUGAAGCAAGUUUUAAGGUUAUUCCGGAUUAUAAUGAGAGAGUUUGUGAUGCACCACCUCGUCCAAAUGCAUACAUACGUUUCAUUGAGAAGUCUGCAGAGGAAUUAGAUGGUGAAGUUGAGUAUGAUGUUGAUGAGGAAGAUACUGCAUGGUUGGCAAUUAUUAACAAAAUGAGAGCAAAGCAGGGAUUGCCAUCAGUUUCUGUGGAUACAUUAGAGCUUUUAAUGGAUAGAUUGGAAAAAGAAUCUUAUUUUCAAGUAAGUAAUGUUCAUUAUGUCUAAUCUAAUGAUGGUUUUAAAACAUAUUACACAAUUUAUUAAUCAAACUAUUAUCUGAUAUUAUUAAUUAAAAAAGAAUUACAUUUUUUUUAAAUCCCUUCCAUUUUCUAUUAUAAUUAUAAUUUUGCCAUUACAAAAUGCUUAAUUGAAUUAUGUUAUAAUUGGCAUAAUGAUUUUAGUAUUGAUACUUUUUAUUUUCACUGAAAUUAAGUCUAAUAUUGAUAUUCAAUAUAAUGCAGACAAUUCAUAUGAUGAGAUUCCUAAAUAUAAUUAUUUCAUCUGUGAUGUAAUAUAGAUAACAUUAAUAUGACAUGUACUUAAAUUUUUUUUAC